AUGCCACGAUUCCUUGGCCUUCGUGGCAAUAGCCUCCAUGUAGCAGCCAUCCUCGGGGUGCUCAUGCCCGGAAUCCUCACAAUAGGCUACAAUGCCUCACUACUUGGGGGUGUCUUGACACUGAAGAACUUUGAAGAACAAUUCCCCGAAAUCGAUAUUGCUGCUGCCGAUGAUAAACCACAUGCAUCAACGGUUCAAGGCCUUGUUGUGGCCUCUUACACAAUAGGGGGGUUCUUUGGAACUCUCUCGUGUAUAUGGCUAGGUGACAGACUUGGCCGGCGACGCACAAUAAUGGCUGGAUCGGUCGUCCAAGCCGUUGGAGCUGUUUUUAUGGCUAGCGCAGGCUCUCUCGCCCAACUCACAACAUCUCGAGUUAUUCUCGGUUUAGGCACGGGUGUUCUACUGGCCACAAUUCCUCUUUGGCAAUCUGAGAUAUCGCCUGCCGACAAGCGUGGUGCUCAUGUUGGCAUGAAGGGAAUAUUCAGCGGUUUUGGCUGUGCCCUUGCCCUUUUUCUCGACUUUGGAAUGUCAUUCACACAAGGCAGCGUCGCCUGGAGAUUUCCUUUCGCAUUUGUGGUGCUGCUUUCCAUUGCUGUCUUGGUGUUCAUCUACCUGUUACCAGAAUCCCCCCGGUGGCUUGUCCGACAAGGCCGACUCUGUGAGGCUAGUGAGGUUCUAGCAGCUCUUGAAGAUAUAUGUGUUGAUGAUCAAGUCGUGAAAGCAAAAAUCAAGGAUGUCCAAACAUCGCUGGACUUGUUUGAGGAAAAGUCACUUGGUCAAAUAUUCCACAUGGGGCCGCAAAGAACCUUCCAUCGAGCUAGUAUUGCUGCUUUGGCCAUGUUGUUCUUGCAACUCACCGGCUCUACGGUCAUCACCUUUUACACAACCGCAAUCUUCGAAAACAAUCUUUCGCUGGGUAAUUCAACAUCGACGGUUCUAGCUGCAGUCUAUCAGCUAGUCGGUCCCAUUGGCGGGGCCUUCUGUGUUUUCAAAAUCGACGGACUUGGUCGCCGUGUGUUGCUUCUAGGCAGUGCAAUCGGAAACGUAGUCUGUCUGGCUUUAGUAGCUGGCCUCGGAACCCAAACAGGCAACCCACUCGCAAUGCGGGGUGCUGUUUUCUUCAUUUUCCUGUUUCAUUUCAGCUACAUCAUCGGAUUUGGCGCAAUUCCAUAUCUCUACGCUGCGGAGAUUGCACCUUUGCAUCUACGCACGACCAUCAACAGCUUCAGCAUCAGCAUAUCCUGGGCAGUCAGCAUUUUACUCACGGCCGUGACACCCAUUGCGUUCAACAGCAUGGGGCAGACAUACUUUGUCAUUUUCGCGGCUUGCAAUGCAAUGAUGAUACCUGUCAUCUAUUAUCUGUUUUCCUGA